CAGAGAGAGAGAGAGAGAGAGAGAGAGAUGGACGAUUCGCCGCAGCCCAUCGUCGCCGGUCGCCGGAGAAGCAAAGGCGCCGAUGCAGCAGCUCGGGCAGACGCCCUGGAGCGCCUCAGAGCCCUCCGAUCUGGAGGCCGCCGAUCCGAAAGUAGCUUCCAGAUCAAGAUGGAAGAACCUGUCUACGACACUGUCGCCGAGAACGAGUACGCAGCCCUCGUCGCCAAACGCCGUGAGGCGGCCCGUGACUUCAUCGUCGACGAUGACGGCCUCGGGUAUGGUGAUGAAGGUGAAGAAGAGGACUGGUCCCAGGCGGGGCUCUCACCUUCUGACGAAUCGGACGGCGAAUUGGGAAAACCCAAGAAAAAGAAGGUGGUCGUGAAGAAAGAUCCGCAACCCAAGAAGCCGUCUUCUUCACUUUCAGCUGCUGCCGCUCUGAUGGGGAAGCAACGGUUGUCAUCAAUGUUCACGUCUUCAGUUUUCAAGAAGAGUAGGGAUGAUAAGGGAAAAGGGUCGUCGGCAGUGGAGAGCAUUGUCGAUGAUGUAAUUGCCGAGUUCGCACCUGAUGAAGCUGAUAGAGAGAGACGGAGGCGGGCCCCACCAUCCGGCGUGAAGAGCUUCACCCAGAGCGUUCCUAUUAAGAAUGAAAAUCAACCUGCCUUUGUGAAUUCCGUAGUUGAACCAGAACAAAAUGUUGUCUUAUGCGAUCACGUGAAUGCGGGAAUUCAAGGAAAUAGCGAUUUGGGUUGUCAAAAUAAUCUGCCGUUGGAAGUGAAAGAGGAUACGGUUUUGAAUUUUGAAGUGGGUUCCGAUCGGAUUUCCCAGCCAAACGGUUCAUCGGAAGAUGUAAAGGUGGACACGGAGAUGGCAUUGGAUAACAAGGAAGCGAAAGCAGAAGCAGUGCAGAGUGAGGUGUUUUCCCUCAAUGCCAAGGUUAAGGUGGAAAGCAAUCCUGCUUUGAGUGCUGCGGCUGGAUGGAAGGAAUUUUGUCAAGUAGAGAAUGGGAAUGGUGGUUUUGAUGGUGUGGCUGCCAUGUCUUGUGAGGAGAAGUCCGACCUUGCACUGGAUUCAGAUGGGUCCCUGCCAUUUUACAUGAUCGACGCUUAUGAGGAGCUCUAUGGUGCUAACCUUGGCAAUCUAUAUCUUUUUGGGAAGGUUAAAGCAGGAAGUGCCUACCACAGCUGUUGUGUGGUAGUAAAGAACAUGCAGAGAUGCGUUUAUGCUCUCCCCAAUAGUUCGGUGUUUCCAAAUGAUGCUAUCAUGGAGCUUGAAACAAACAGGAUGGAUUCUCGAUUUUCACCUGCAGAUUUCCAGAAAAAGCUACAAGAGAUGGCAUCAGGAUUAAAGAAUGAAAUUGCAGAAAGGUUAUUGGAUCUCAAUGUGUCAACUUUUAGUAUGACGCCGGUUAAGAGGGCUUAUGCGUUCGAGCGAACUGACAUGCCUAUUGGGCAGCAUUAUGUUCUCAAAGUCAACUACCCAUUUAAGGAUCCACCACUUCCAUUGGAUCUGAAAGGAGAGCAUUUCUUUGCUCUACUUGGUAGUCAUAGCAGUGCUCUGGAGCUGUUUUUGGUCAAAAGGAAAAUAAAGGGGCCUUCUUGGUUAUCAGUUACAAACUUUGUUAGCUGUCCUUCCCCUCAACGGGUAAGCUGGUGCAAAUUUGAAAUUACUGUUGAUCGUCCUAAGGACGUUCUGACAUUAACUUCUUCAAAGACGGUGCUAGAGAUCCCUCCAGUAAUUGUUGCAGCAAUAAAUCUAAAAACAAUUAUCCACGAAAAGCAUAAUGGGAAUGAAAUAGUCUCUGCAUCAGUAAUCUGCUGCCAGAAGGCAAAGAUUGAUGGUCCAAUGUUGCCAUCGGAGUGGAAGAGACCGGGAGUACUGAGCCAUUUUACUGUUGUGCGAAAGCCGGAAGGAGGCAUAUUUCCCAUGGGUUUCACAAAAGAGGUUGCUGAUAGAAAUUCAAAGGCUUCAUUCAAUGUUCUUGGAGUUGAGAGCAGUGAAAGGGCUUUGAUAAAUCGUUUGAUGCUCGAACUGCACAAACUGGACAGUGAUGUUCUUGUGGGACACAACAUUUCUGGCUUUGACCUGGACAUCCUUCUCCAAAGAGCUCAGGCUUGCAAGGUGCCAAGCAGCAUGUGGUCCAAAAUUGGUCGUCUCAAGCGAUCUAUGAUGCCUAAGCUUACGAGAGGAAAUGCCAUUUUUGGGUCUGGGGCAAGUCCAGGAAUCAUGUCUUGUAUUGCAGGUCGGCUAUUAUGUGAUACAUUUUUGUGUUCGCGGGAUCUCUUGAAGGAGGUCAGUUACUCUUUGACACAACUUGCAAAGACACAACUGAAUAAAGACAGGAAGGAGAUAACUCCAAAUGAUAUCCCUGCCAUGUUCCAAACUUCAGGAUCGCUUCUGAAACUUGUUGAGUAUGGGGAGACUGAUGCUUGGCUAUCUCUGGAACUAAUGUUUCAUUUGAGUGUUCUUCCCCUGACACGACAGCUGACUAAUAUAAGUGGCAAUCUCUGGGGUAAAACUCUCCAGGGUGCUCGGGCUCAGAGAGUGGAAUAUCUUUUGUUGCAUGAAUUUCAUGCAAAGAAAUAUAUUGUCCCAGAUAAGAUCUCCGCACGUGGGAAGGAAUCAAACUCAGCAAAAAGGAGAGGAACCAAUAGCACAGAGGGUGAAGAUGGUCAUGAUUCAAAUGUCAAGGACAUGCCUUUUGAGGAUGAUGCGGAUAAGGUGAAAGGCAAAAAAGGUCCUUCCUAUGCUGGUGGGUUGGUUUUGGAACCAAAGAAAGGUUUAUAUGACAAGUUUGUAUUGCUUCUGGACUUCAAUAGUCUCUACCCUUCAAUCAUUCAGGAGUACAAUAUCUGUUUCACAACCGUUGAAAGAUCUCGUGAUGGGUCAAUUCCCAGUUUACCAUCUUCUAAAACAGAUGGUGUUUUGCCAAAGUUAUUGAAAAACUUAGUUGAGAGGAGGAGAAAUGUUAAGAAUUGGCUCAAGACCGCCUCUGGUAUCAGGCUUCAGCAGCUUGAUAUUCAGCAGCAAGCAUUGAAGCUUACUGCAAACAGUAUAUAUGGAUGCUUAGGGUUUUCCAAUUCAAGAUUUUACGCAAAGCCACUCGCAGAGCUCAUAACACUCCAAGGAAGGGAGAUCCUACAAAGUACAGUUGAUCUUGUUCAGAAUAACUUGAAUUUAGAGGUGAUCUAUGGUGAUACAGACUCAAUUAUGAUUUAUAGUGGACUUGAUGAUAUCACCAAAGCCAAAACAAUUGCAGGAAAGGUCAUUCAAGAGGUCAACAAGAAGUAUCGAUGUUUAGAGAUUGAUCUUGAUGGAUUAUACAAGAGAAUGCUACUUCUCAAGAAAAAGAAAUAUGCAGCUGUCAAAGUGCAGUUUAAAGACGGGGAACCAUAUGAGGUCAUUGAACGUAAGGGUCUUGACAUGGUUCGUCGUGAUUGGAGUUUGCUAUCUAAAGAACUUGGUGAUUUUUGCCUCAGUCAAAUACUAUCUGGAGGAUCAUGUGAAGAUGUUGUGGAGUUGAUACAUAGCUCUCUUAUGAAGGUUCAGGAGGAGAUGAGGAAUGGUGACAUAGCACUAGAGAAAUAUGUUAUCACAAAGACCUUGACCAAACCACCAGAAGACUAUCCGGAUGCUAAAAAUCAGCCUCACGUGCAGGUGGCACUAAGAUUGAAGCAAAGUGGUUAUUCGACUGGCUGCUCCGCUGGUGAUACGGUCCCUUAUAUCAUAUGCUGUCAGCAGGGCACAGGUUCUGGUUCUACACCAGGAAUAGCUCAAAGGGCUAGGCAUCCUGAUGAGCUGAAAAAAGACAAUGGAAAUUGGAUGAUUGACAUCGAUUAUUACUUGUCACAACAGAUUCAUCCUGUGGUAUCACGCCUUUGUGCUUCAAUUCAGGGUACUAGUCCAGCACGUUUGGCUGAUUGUCUGGGACUUGAUUCAUCUAAGUUCCAACAUAAAACAAUGGAAGAUGCAAGCAAAGAUCUGUCCAGCACUCUUUUGGGCAUCUCAGAUGAUGAUGAGAGAUAUCAAGGCUGUGAGCCUCUGUGGUUAUCAUGUCCCAGUUGCUCUAGCACAUUUGAAUGUUCUGCGGUGUCCAGUUUGGUACUUAAUUCAAGCAAUGAAAACCCCACAGAUUCACAGGCAGAGAAGGAACCCAGCAGUAGUUUCUGGUGUAGAAUGCGCUGUCCAAGAUGCCCAGAUGAGGGAGAUGGAAAUAGAAUAUCUCCAGUCAUGAUAGCUAACCAGGUGAAAAGGCAGGCAGAGAAGUUUAUCUCCACAUACUACUUGGCCUUAAUGAUAUGUGAUGAUGAAAUGUGCAAGUACACUACUCGCAGCCUGAAUUUGAGGGUGAUUGAUGAUUCAGAAAGAGGAACAAUCUGUCCGAACUACCCUCGCUGUAACGGGCAUCUCAUACGACAGUAUACGGAGGCAGAUCUAUACAAGCAGCUCUCAUAUUUUUGCCACGUGUUGGAUACCGAUCGAUGCAUCGAGAAGUUGGAGUACAGCUCUAGAGUGCCCUUAGAGAAAGAAAUCACAAGAAUCAGGCCAGUGACUGAAUUGGCAUCUUCCACCAUACAGAAGAUCAGAGACCGAUGUGCUUAUGGGUGGGUUCAGCUCAACGAUCUCUCUGUGACCGUUUGAUUAGAUAGAUGAAUCUCAACACUUUCCAGUUGGGUGCUGCAAAAAUCUCAGCAUUUGUUCAAGUUCCUGGCUUGCCAUGCAUAUGGUCCUUUGAAAUUGUAAAUGUUGUAUGUCCAGUUACUGCUGCUAUAAAUAUGGGCAGCAUUUUGGUAGUUUAUCAUGUGGAAAUGUUUGGUGAGCCCUUUAUUCUUUUGACGUUGCAACUGUCUUCGAGCUCUUGUCAUGAAGAUUUAGAAGGCAUUUUCCCAAACGACCAUCUUGUAUUUGAACAAGUCCAGUGUUCCUGUAAAAUAGCGUUUUAGUACGAAUAUGAUGCA